UUUACUCUGCAGCUUGUUGUUCAUUUUCUCUGCGUUAUGGUGAACUUGGACAGUCACGUGUGAAGAUCUCUGCAAACAUAGAGGACGACAACUUCGCACCUGGUGUGUCCCUUUGACUUUAACCGCGAGGAGAAUAUACCUGCCAUUUUUUUGUGAUAGCUGACAUCGCUGGACUCCUUCCACUCCUGUGACGGACAACAACAGCAAGUUCUCUCCCUUAGGGAUGAAAUAUGCAAGCUUUGCGCCCGUAGAAGAACGCAGACGACACACACUUUAAAGUCCAAAGUGGUUUUAAAUCAUGAUGAUGCAGGAGUCGGCCACAGAGACAAUAAGCAACAGUUCAAUGAGUCAAAAUGGAAUGAGCACCCUAAGCAGCAGCCAAUUAGAGGCUGGCAGUAGAGAUGGGAGAUCAAGCGCUGGUGACACGAGCAGCGAAGUAAGCACAGUCGAGCUGCUGCAUCUGCAACAACAGCAGGCCCUACAAGCAGCGAGGCAAUUACUCUUGCAGCAGCCAGGCAGUGGCCUGAAAUCUCCAAAGAGCCAGGACAAGCAGCGUCCACUGCAGGUUCCAGUGUCAGUGGCCAUGAUGAGUCCCCAGGUGAUCACGCCGCAACAGAUGCAGCAGAUCCUCCAGCAGCAGGUGCUCUCCCCCCAGCAGCUCCAGGCCCUGCUCCAACAGCAGCAGGCUGUAAUGCUGCAGCAGCAACACCUGCAGGAGUUUUAUAAGAAACAACAGGAGCAGCUUCAUCUGCAGCUUCUCCAGCAGCAGCACCCUGGCAAGCAGGCUAAAGAGCAACAGCAGCAGCAGCAGCAGCUGGCCGCCCAGCAGCUCGUCUUCCAGCAGCAGCUCCUGCAGAUGCAGCAGCUCCAGCAGCAGCAGCACCUGCUCAACAUGCAGCGGCAGGGCCUGCUCUCGCUGCCCGGGCCCGCUCCCGGCCAAGCCGCCCUGCCCGGACAAACCCUGCCCCAGUCAGGCCUGAGCCCCGCAGAGCUCCAGCAGUUGUGGAAGGAUGUGACCGGAGGCGGCGGUCACGCCAUGGAGGACAACGGCAUCAAACACAGCAACAGUGGCAACGGCAACGGCGGUGGCGGUUUAGACCUCUCCACCAACAACUCUUCCUCAACUACCUCCUCCUCCAAUCCCGCCAAAGCAUCGCCGCCCAUCUCCCACCAUUCCAUCGCCAACGGACAGUCCCCCGGCCUCAACCACAGAAGAGAGAGGGAACGGGAACGGGAAAGGGAGCGAGAGAGUUCACUACAGGAAGAAUGUGGCGGGACCCACCCCCUGUACGGCCACGGCGUGUGUAAGUGGCCCGGCUGCGAGAACAUCUGCGACGACUUCGGACAGUUUUUGAAGCACCUAAACAGUGAACAUGCCCUGGAUGACCGGAGCACAGCCCAGUGUAGAGUCCAAAUGCAAGUCGUACAGCAGCUGGAAAUACAACUUUCUAAAGAACGUGAGCGUCUUCAGGCGAUGAUGGCCCACUUGCACAUGCGGCCCUCGGAACCCAAGUCAUCUCCCAAACCACUCAACUUGGUGUCCAGCGUCACCAUGUCCAAGAACUUGCCCUCAGCAUCGCCCCCCAACUUACCUCAGACACCCACCACGCCCACAGCACCUAUCACACCCAUGGCGGCCAUGCCCCAGGUGCCAUCAAUACUGGGAGGAGCAAACGUCCCCAGUAUGGGAGCCAUGCGCAGACGCCACUCGGACAAAUAUUCCAUGCCUCUGUCGUCAGGUGGUGACACAGUAUUUAUUUUUCCGGAGAUUGCCCCAAACUACGAGUUUUAUAAGAACGCAGAUGUCAGACCGCCAUUUACUUAUGCAACCCUCAUAAGACAGGCUAUCAUGGACUCUGCCGACAUGCAGUUAACGCUUAAUGAAAUCUACAGCUGGUUCACACGCACGUUCGCCUACUUCAGACGCAAUGCUGCGACUUGGAAGAACGCUGUUCGCCACAACCUCAGUCUGCACAAGUGCUUUGUGCGCGUAGAGAACGUGAAGGGGGCGGUGUGGACGGUGGAUGAGAUGGAGUACCAGAAACGCAGGUCGCAGAAGAUCACAGGAAGCCCUUCACUUGUCAAGAACCUGCCCUCCAGUCUUGGCUAUGGAACUGCACUAAACGCCAGCUUACAGGCUGCCCUGGCAGAGACCUCUCUGCCCAUGCUGGGGACCCCCGGCCUCAUGAACAGCGGCUCCACGGGCCCGAUGGGAGGCAGCUGCCACGGCCUCCUCGGCGGUGACCCGUCUAUGCUGACGGGCGGAAGUCCAUCCUUACUUUUGGGCGGAAGUCCACCCGGAAUGUUGGGCGGGAGUCCACCGGGAAUGCUGGGGGGAAGCCCCCCAGGUAUAAUGAGCGGCAGCCCCCACACCCUGUUGCACGCCAUGCACGAGGGGCUCAACGGCUCUUUCGAUCACCUGGACACCAACGGACACAGCAGCCCCGGAUACUCCCCACCAGUACACAUGCUACCCAUUCACGUGAAGGAGGAGCCACUUAACAUGGAUGACGACGACUGUCCGAUGUCACUGGUGACGACAGCCAAUCACAGUCCAGAGCUGGACGACGACCGGGAGCUGGAGGAAGGGAACUUAUCAGAAGACCUUGAGUGA